UGAAUCCAGAAAAUCCUAAAAAUGCCAAAAAACCAUGCGUACAGAGAGGUAGAAGAGGAUCGUGUAUGCUGAUGGUGGAUUCUUCAUCUUGUUCCACCAUGAAAGAAGAUGAUUCACCAACUUUACCAGAAGGAGAACAUCAAGGUCACGGCCGCUAUUAUCGUGUCGGUCCUUCUAGUAAAUGUCUUGGGAUGUCUGAAGAUUAUGUUUGUUAUGGACAAAUUUCGGAGAACAAGUUGACAACUUGGGUACUUAUGGAGGAUGAUGACUCUAUUGAAGAAUCUGUUUGGAGCUUAAGGCAUGAGACUGAAUUACCGAAUUUUAAUUCCAGAAAGAUUUCCCUAAUGGCUUUCAGUCCUAUGGAUCGUGAUGUUGUCAUCUUGGAUUGUGGUAUGCAACUUUUGUCUUUGGACGUCACGACGGUAAAAUCAGAAUUUCUACAACGCCUAUGUGUUCCUCCUAGCAAUAAGUCUUUUCAGACUCAACAUGGAAACUCACCGUUUAUAGUAAAACCAACACUGACAACCAUCUCCAACACGAGAAGAUUAAACUCAGUUUGAAAGGUAUAAGACAGUCUUCAUAAUCCGUAGUUUGAUUCGUUUGAUUCUAUAUUGCAUUGUCGAAGAUGAAUAUUACUCUUGAUCACUACAAUGCACAGUUUGUGAAGACCAAUUAAUCAACAGAAGGAGUUCUUUUCUUGUGUCUCUUUUCUAGUUUGUAAGUGCAUUCUUUGUUUCUCUUU